CCUCUCAAACUUUAGGCGAAGCAACACGUGUGCUCGCUCCUGAUUGGCUGAGAGCAGCUGAACAAAAUGUAGACCGCUCUGCUGCUGCUGCUGCUGCCCAAGAACCAGGUUCAAGUCUCCGGAUCUGCUGCUGCUGCUGCUGCUGCUCACAGGCUCAGUACAGAACAGUCAUGCAGGCUCAGGAAGUCCUGAGACAGCUGCGGAUUCCCGAGCUGGAUGAUCUUCGGCAGUACGUCCGCGGCCUGCCCACCAACGCGCUCAUGGGCAUGGGCGCCUUCGCAGCACUCACCACCUACUGGUUCGCUUCCCGGCCGAAAGCCCUCAAAGCGCCCUGCGACCUCGGCCUGCAGUCAGUGGAAAUACCAGGUGGAGAACGUGCGAGAAGGUCGGUGCUGAACGACGGCAUCGAGCCGCUCGCACACUACUACGACGAUGCGCUCACAAUGUAUGAGGUGUUCCUACGAGGGCUCCGAGUGUCAAAUGAUGGACCUUGUCUCGGAUCGAGGAAGCCAAACCAGCCGUACGAGUGGCAGUCUUAUAAAGAGGUGUUAGACAGAGCGGAGCACAUCGGUUCUGCUCUCCUUCACCGAGGACACUCUCAUACAGGAGACAAGUUCAUCGGCAUUUUCUCCCAGAACAGACCAGAGUGGACCAUCUCAGAGCUGGCCUGUUACACAUACUCCCUGGUGGCAGUUCCUUUGUACGACACACUCGGCACAGAGGCCAUCGGCUACAUCAUCGACAAAGCCGCCAUCAAAACUGUGAUCUGCGACGUACCCGAAAAGGCCCGGAUGAUGCUGGACUGUGCGAGCGGAAAAGGGCGAACGAUAAAGACGAUUCUGCUCAUGGAGGCGUUCGACACCGACCUGGUGACCCGAGGAAAGGAGUGUGGCAUUGACAUUUUGAGUCUGAAGGAGUUUGAGGCCUUGGGGAAAGCCAACUACCAGAAACCAGUGCCUCCUAAACCAGAGGACCUCGCCAUUAUCUGCUUCACAUCUGGAACCACAGGAAACCCGAAAGGUGCAAUGCUGACUCACGGAAAUGUAAUCUCCAACACUGCAGCUUUCAUUAAAAUGACAGAGGUGCACUGCAUGCUGGACCUCCAUGACAUUCAUGUAUCCUAUCUCCCCCUAGCUCACAUGUUUGAGAGGGUUGUACAGGGUGUCAUCCUCAUCCAUGGGGCUCGAAUUGGCUAUUUUCAAGGGGACAUUCGACUUUUGAUGGAUGAUUUGAAAGCGCUGCAGCCGACAGUCUUCCCUGUGGUCCCACGCCUCCUCAACCGCAUGUUUGAUAAGGUAUUUAGUCAAGCCAACACGCCGCUGAAGAGGUGGCUGCUCGAUUUUGCCUUCAGGAGGAAGGAGGCGGAGCUUAAGAGUGGCGUGGUCAGAAAAGACAGCAUGUGGGACAAACUCAUCUUCAAGAAAGUCCAGGCGAGUCUGGGCGGCCGUGUCCGACUCAUGAUCACAGGAGCAGCUCCGGUGUCUCCGACCAUCCUGACGUUCCUACGAGCUGCACUGGGCUGUCAGUUUUAUGAGGGCUAUGGUCAGACUGAAUGUACAGCUGGGUGCACCAUGUCGAUGCCCGGGGACUGGUCAGCAGGUCACGUCGGUCCUCCUCUGCCCUGCAACUCUGUCAAACUGGUGGAUGUUGCAGAAAUGAACUACCUGGCUGCCAAUGGAGAGGGAGAGGUGUGUGUCAAAGGACCAAAUGUAUUCCAGGGAUACCUGAAAGAUCCUGAGAAAACAGCAGAAGCAAUCGACCAGGAUGGAUGGCUGCACACGGGAGACAUUGGAAAAUGGCUUCCUAAUGGCACCCUGAAGAUCACUGACAGAAAAAAGCACAUUUUCAAGCUGGCACAAGGAGAAUACAUCGCCCCUGAGAAAAUAGAAAAUGUCUACAAUCUCAGUGAUCCAGUGGCCCAGAUAUUUGUUCAUGGUGACAGCUUACAGGCAUGCCUGGUGGGGAUUGUGGUACCUGAUCCAGACUUUCUACCUAUUUGGAUCAAGAAAAAAGGGAUUGAAGGAUCGUACUCUGAACUGUGCAAAAACAAGGAUGUGAAGACAGCCAUCCUGGAGGACAUCCUGAGGCUGGGCAAGGAAGCAGGACUCAAGUCUUUUGAGCAGGUGAGAGAUAUCACAUUACAUCCUGAGAUGUUUUCUGUCCAGAACGGCCUGCUGACACCCACCCUGAAGGCCAAGAGGACUGAGCUUCGCAAUCGCUUCAGAGAGCAAAUUGAUGAACUCUAUGCCAAAAUUAAGAUCUAACCUGGGAUUGAGGUGGACUGUAGGGAAAGUGACAAUCAUGUAGAGCACACAGCCAGAACCAAAUAGUUUAAUGAGGAUGAAUUCCCUCCAUUUUUCUACCAGUGAUGAUCUUCACUAUCCUGUGGGGACUGCAAUCUCAGUUUUAAGUGUUUAUUGUCUUCGCUUCAUCUAGAAACUGUACAACUAAAUUGUGCCAGCUAUUAUCGGCUAAUCAGUGCAGAAUAUCCCAGAAAACUUUGUUGUGUUACUGAGGAGAAAUGUGACUUGCCUAUGCCUUAACUGCCUUUUAAAGCCUGGCUUCUUUAUGGUCAGAGAGGAUUAGCUUUUUAAUGUCGGGAGCUGCAGGAAAAAUCCGAUAAACAUGCAUUUACAAUUGUGACAGAUAUUGAGUAUUUAUAUACCAGACUAUUUAAUGUUUUGGCUAUCUAUUUAAGUUGAUAUUUAAUGUAAUCAAUGAAGCUGUAAAUAGUGUAUCUGCUGAAAAGUCUAUUUGUAUGCAGAGUAUCGUGCCUGAUACUUUGUAGCGCAUUCCCAUGUUUCUCAAUCCAGUAGGCUAAAGGAUGGAUAACGCGGUUUUAGUGCACAGUUUGGUUGAUAGCCUAUCGGGAAUCUUGUUGCUUGACAGAGUUUUUGUGCCAUUUUGCUUUUGUUUCUUUAACACUGCAUGGACGUUAGUGAAUUUUAUUAUACUGUACAUGGAGUUCCUCUUAUAGAUUUUCAAAUUUUAGUGCCACAGGUUUUGGGAUAAAGCUGCACCAGGUAAUGUGUUUUGUUGUUUGUUUUCUUUUGUUUAAAUUGAUUCCACGUCACGUCCACAUUUCACUUUUUCCUUUUCACUGAUGGUCCAUGAAACCACCGGAGCAGCAUUUCAGCUGUUCGACACAAAGCUGGGUUGUGAAUUCACGUUUUGACUGAAUUAUCAUCAUUACACACAUCUAAUUAUGUUGAGGCAUCAUUGACUGUUCAAGCCAUAUUCUUUUUCUUGCAUUUUUUCAAGACUUUUAUUGUAUGAGAAGGACAAAGGUGCAGUUUUGUGCUGGAGUUAUACGUACAGUAUCUUAUUUGUCAACUGUACCAAAUAAAGAAAUCUCUUCAAAA